AGCCCCGCGCAGGCGCAGAGGGACGGCCGGUCAGACGAGGAGGGGGAAAUCGGGCCCAAGGAAGGGAAGGUGGCGGCAGAGGACUUCCGCCCGCUCGCGCAUGCGCACCAGCUCGGGGUGCUUCGGCGGGGCUCACUGCCUCACCCCCAGCACUGACAAGGAGCCGGGCACGGGCUGCGUGAGGUACUGUACCUAGGAUAAAAUGGCUGAUCCUUGGCAACAAUGCAUGGAUUAUGCAGUUACUUUAGCAAGAAAGGCUGGAGAGGUAAUCCGGGAAGCAUUGAAAGAGGAAAUAUCCAUUAUGAUUAAAAGCUCACCAGUAGAUCUAGUGACAGUCACUGAUCAAAAAGUGGAAAAAAUGAUUAUUUCUUCUAUAAAAGAAAAAUAUCCUUCUCACAGUUUCAUUGGAGAAGAAUCUGUUGCAGCUGGAGAAGGCAGUAUUUUAACAGAUAAUCCCACAUGGAUUAUUGACCCUAUUGAUGGAACUACUAAUUUUGUACACAGGUUUCCAUUUGUGGCAGUUUCAAUUGGCUUUGUUGUCAACAAAAAGAUUGAAUUUGGAGUUGUAUACAGUUGUGUGGAAAACAAAAUGUACACUGGCAGGAAAGGAAAAGGUGCAUUUUGCAAUGGUCAGAAGCUUCGAGUAUCAGGACAAGAAGAUAUUACAAAAUCACUUUUAGUAACAGAAAUGGGAUCUAACUGUGAACCAGAGACUUUAAAGCUAGUGCUUUCUAACAUGGAAAGGCUUCUCAGUAUUCCUGUUCAUGGGAUUAGAGCUGUUGGUACAGCAGCUGUAAACAUGUGCCUUGUAGCAACUGGUGGAGCCGAUGCAUAUUAUGAGAUGGGCAUUCAUUGCUGGGAUAUGGCAGGAGCUGGAAUUAUCAUUACUGAAGCUGGUGGAGUGCUGCUGGAUGUAUCAGGAGGACCAUUUGAUUUGAUGUCACGAAGAAUAAUUGCUGCAAGUAGUCGAGCCAUAGGAGAGAGAAUAGCCAAAGAGCUUCAGAUAAUCCCCCUACAAAGGGAUGAUGCAACAAAUUGAAUACCACAACUACACUUAAGUGUAGUAAUACUAAGUUUGUCAAGAGUUGUCACGUAUUCUGUGAAUUUAGAAAAUAACUUCCCACAUAAGGUCACAUGUUGCAUUUAAAUGGGUAGUAAUAUACCUUUACUGAAUGUAUCUUACUACAAAUUGGUUUCUAAAUAGGGUUUUGAAACCAGAUCCAUUUGAAACUGUUAUAGAACUGGUUCUAACAAACAGUUUGUGUAAAUAAAACAUCAGUUUUGCUGUAAAUUUUAUUUUCUAUAUAGUAUUAUAGCUGCUUAAAGGAGUUCACGAUAAAAAGGACCAAAUCCCAUAAAAGGAAUAUUUACAAUUUAUAUAACACACUGGAAGACAGGAGAACAAUUAAUGCUCUAAAUCAUGUUACAAAGAGAAAGUUUAAUGCUCCUGGUUCUAGUUUUCUCAUGAUUUCCCCCAAUGUAAUCAAGGUUGAUUGUUGCUUAUUAGAUUUUCAUAUGAAGCCUCUAAAUUCUUACAGUGCUAUCAGUCUGUCCAGAAUUUCUCACCGGAGAAGGAAAUGUAGAAGUAGAUCACAUGAUCCCAGACCUCACUUUGGAGGUAGUCGCAUUUAGUUUUUGGCACACUUCAUGGCACUUGUAUGUUAUCACUGUGGAAGAGUGAUUCAACAAUGAUUUCAGUUGCUAUUGCAGGGAAUGUUUAGAGAAAUACCUGGAGAAAAGUAGACACUUAUUUUUUAGAUUUGUUUGCCAAUUACUUCUAUAGAAAUAACUGACCACUGUUCCUAAAAAAUAGGAUGUAAUGUGGAAGAAGAAAGCUCGGUACACACCUCCUGUCAUGUCUUCAGGCAAAAAUCUGAGAAAUGAAAUGGGCUUUAUUCUAAUAAUUAAAAGCAAGACCAUAAGCUAAAUGGCUCCAUUGGUUUCAGUUGAUGCUGCCUCUUGCAUAUUCUCUACUUGAUGUGUGUGUAUAGCUCCCAUUAACUGUUUAGAGGACUUACUCAUACAUUUCCAGGCGAGAAUCUGCCUCAAAGUCUAAAGACUAUUUGAAAUUCAAAAAAUUCUCAUUAACUUGGAAAGCAAUUCCUACCCCCCACUCUUCCAAAAUUACAGUAUUUUAAAUCUUAAUGGUAAUUUUUCCAAUUUCAAAGCCUUAGGGUUAGUUGUCCUUUGCAGUCUGAGUUAUUUUUAAAAUUGUUGAUAUCAGUGGAUACAUCGAACAGUUACUGUACAUUUUAGAGUAAAAUUUAGUCAAUUUGGGGACUGAUUAAUAACUAGGGCCAAAAAUUUCAGAAGUAUCCACUAAUUUUGAAUGUCUAAUUGAGACACCCCAAGUUAUGAUCACUUUUGAAAAUAUGUGGUUCUUAUUAAUUUUUUAGUGUGGAAAAAGGUGUUUUGUAUCUUAAAAUACAAGCACCUGCAGGUCUCUUGAUAAAAUUCCUUGGCACUUGCACCAGCUAUGUUACGUUGGUUUUACAGAAAUGUUUAAUUAGAAACUCCAGUUCCAUGCCACUUUAAACAAUUAGCCCUAGUGAAAUAAAGAAUUGCAUGAUAAUUCAGGGGCUAAUGACUAGGAGAAGGAACUCAGAGUUUCAUUUCUUGGGGGUCCUGUAGAAAAAAAAUAAUCUUUAAACUUCAGCACAGCUUAAUUGUUUUUAAAUCUAAGAUAUGAAUGUGGUGUCUUAGCAGGUCUGGCCAAUAUAUUAUCUCUAUGGCUUUUUGUGAGAAAUUUGGGUUUGAGUGUGAAAUAUGAACUGUGCAGAAGUUCUGAUGUUAAACUGAUUUGUUUUGUAAAAUGGAAAUGUAUAAAAAUAGUACUUGAUGUGAGAUGUUUGCAAUAAUAAAAGAAAAAAAGAUUGCUUUAUUA